GACGUAAAAUGUUGCAUGACGGGAAAUGUAGUCGUAUUGGUCAGCGGCUCCGUUCGCGUUCGCGAGAGCCUGCGGGUGCGAGAACUACAUCGUGAGAGGCGUGCUGCCGCUCACCUGCAUAAACACAACAUGGCACCUGCUGGUCCGGGUGAUGUGCUUACACUAAUAUUGCUGGUCUACUUGUAUUGGCCGGCCGUUGCCACGGAGUAUUUCUCAACGAUUACAUUCUUCAACAGCGACCUGCACAAGCAUGGCUGCAGUUCUAGUCCUGACUGGGACGAAUACACAGCAGAUUGCGAUUCUUCCAUAUUGCAUUUUGAGGACUCGGAAUGUGACUCAGUUGGGAACUUACCUUGUUCUUCUGUGUUUUCACUAGACACCGAAAAAAUCAUUAGUCAAGCUAAGGUGCUUGCUGAACAAAAGUCGUUUCCGUUUGCAACUGACAAGGAAAGUACAAAUGAAGAAUUGGCUGUUGGAUAUGUGUUGAUUGGAAAGGGGGAAUAUGAUGAAGCAGUGAAACAUUUUACAUCAAUUUUACAGGUAGAUCCAGAUUUAGUAAGUGCCAUCUAUGGAAGAGGAAUUGCAUAUGGAAAGAAAGGUCUGCAGGAUAUCAAAAAUGCUGACCUUGCUUUGUUCGAGCUUAGCAGAGUAAUUACUCUUGAACCUAAUUAUCCUGAAGUCUUUGAGCAAAGAGCUGAGAUUCUUUCACCAUUAGGUCGAGUUAGCGAAGCUUUGAAUGAUCUCACUAAAGCAAUUCAACUACAGCCUUCAGCACGACUUUAUAGGCAUAGAGGCACACUUUACUUUAUAUCAGAGGACUAUGCAGCUGCUCAGGAAGACUUUCAGCAGUCACUUGAAUUAAAGAAAAAUCAGCCAAUUGCAGUUCUAUACAAAGGCUUGACUUUUUUCCACAGGGGAAUGCUUAAGGAAGCUAUACAAACAUUCAAGGAAGCAUUAAAAAUGAAAAAUGAUUUUAUUGAUGCUUACAAAAGUCUUGGUCAGGCCUACAGGGAGCUGGGUGAUUUUGAAUCGGCAAUGGAUAGCUUUCAGAAGGCAUUAAUGUUAAAUCAAAACCACAUUCAGUCACUUCAGCUUAAAGGAAUGAUGCUGUAUCAUCAUGGCAGCUUACAGGAAGCACUGGGAAACUUCAAGAGGUGCCUACAGCUAGAACCCUAUAAUGAAGUCUGCCAGUAUAUGAAAGGGCUCAGUCAUGUUGCCAUGGGUCAGUUUUAUGAAGGGAUUAAAUCACAGACAAAAGUAAUGCUAAAUGAUCCAUUGCCUGGCCAGAAAGCAACUUCAGAAUAUCUAAAAGUAAAAUACCUCAGAGAAUAUUCACGGUAUUUACAUGCACAUCUUGACAUCCCAGUUACGGAAUAUAAUAUAGAUGUGGAUCUUCCUGGAAACUUCAAGAAUCACUGGGCUAAAAAUCUUCCUUUCUUAAUUGAGGCAUAUGAGGAGCAGCCAGGGUUACAGCCACACAUUAAGGAUGUUCUGCCUCAGAAUUUUGAAAGUUAUAAUACUGAUGUUCAAAAACUAAUUUGCACUGCUGAUCAGCUUGGUGUUCUUAUGCAGUAUGAUACACCUGGGUUUCUUCCCAAUCAUAGGAUACACAGAGCCAUGGGACUUGCUACAUUAGAAGUAAUGCAGGCUGUUCAUCGUACAUGGAGUAAUUCCAAAGUUCGAAUAAAUGGGAAGACAAGGCAAAUGCAGUGGAGAGACAUGUUUGACAUAGCUGUAAAAUGGAGAAGGAUUGCAGACCCAGAUCAACCAGUCCUCUGGCUAGACCAAAUGCCUGCAAGAAGUCUCAGCCGGGGAUUUAAUAAUCAUAUCAAUUUAAUAAGGGGCCAGAUUAUAAAUAUACGUUAUUUGGCAUACUUUGAUAAAAUACUUAAUUUCAUCAAGGACAGAAUUCUGGUAUACCAUGGGGCUUAUAACCCAAGGGGCAUUGUAGAAGUGAGACAAGCUUUGGAAGGUGUGAAUAAAGUUGAAGAUCUACUUCCCAUUAUGAAGCAGUUUAACAGCAAAACAAGAGAUGGAUUUACAGUGAACACAAAAGUACCAAGUCUAAGAGAGCCAGGAAUGGAAUAUGAUGGAUUUACAAUAACUAUUACUGGAGACAGAGUUGGAAAUAUGUUAUUUUCUGUGGAAACACAAACUACUGAAGAAAGAACACAGCAUUACCAGUUAGAGAUUGAAUCACUAUACAAAGAUCUAACUGCCAAAGGAAAGGCCUUAAUACUCUCUGCUGAACUGGGGGAUGCAGAUGCUGUUUGCAACCUUAUCCUGUCUCUGGUCUAUUAUUUCUAUAAUUUAAUGCCUCUUUCAAGAGGUUCAAGUGUUGUAGCUUACUCAAUUUUGAUGGGUGCUUUAAUGGCCAGUGGAAAGGAGGUGAUUGGACGAAUACCCAAAGGAAAGCUGGUAGAUUUUGAAGCAAUGUUGACAAGCAACCCAGAAGCCUUCAGUAAAGUAACAAAAAGUUGGAUGCACUUAAAAAGCCUUCCAACAUGGUAUCAGAGCCUUCCAUCAGUAGCAGAGACAUUUCCGACUAUAAGAACAAUGAUUGAAGUUCUGAACACGGAGGCCACAUCUCACUGUCAGGCAAAGUCCUAACGUUGAAUCCUCCCACAAUCAAAGGACAAUUAGGUAUAUGCAGCUUAUUGCACUUCAGUCUCAUGACAUGAUGUCAUCUCAGGUGAAGGAUUAAAGAAUGUUUUACAGUAUUUUGGGAUCUGCCAACACAAGCCAUGGAUUGCUAAUUUAGAUAUCUCUGUUUUCUCUGCUGAAAUUGCUGCUUUGAAGAUUUUACAGGCAACUGUUGAAAAUAUAAGUAGACACCACGGAAAGUCAAACACAAGUUUUUGACAAAUGCAUACUUUUCACUAGUAUUUACUGUACAAUUCACCUCCUCCAUAUGUUUUGAAAGGAAUGGGAUUAUAUUUAAUUUUUAUUUGAUCUACUGUUUUAUAAAGAUUUAUUGAUCUCAGAUAUCCUUUGAUUUUCAUAAAUCUUAAAAUGAUGUUUAUUUGAAGAAAAAAAAAAUGCCUGGAGAUAUGGACUGCUCCAUGCAGGGGUGCAUAUUAGUUGCUUUAUUUAAUUUCAGUAGGACUUGGAUAACAAAUCUGAGUACUUGAAAAUAAAAGCGGGGUUCCACUUUAAACGGCAGAUUGAGAACAUAAGCAAAGGAGAUAUUUAAUGGCAGUCUUUGCAGAUAUUUUCCGUAAUGAUUUUAUUUAAUGUGGUGUUCUUGCACUGCAAGAAGUUUGACAAGCGUGUUCCACUUUCUUCUUCUCACAAGCUAUUACAGAUUAAUUUGAAGUUUAAACGGUUAUUUAAGGGGUUACUGUGAACAGAAAAGAAAAAUGUUACUUGAAGACAUGGGUGUAAGUGGUCAUCUAGAAAAAUGGUUUUGUUUUUACUAUUCUGACUGUACAACUGAAUCACUUAGUAACAGUUUAAAAUAAAUUUUGAGAAAAGGUUGCUCUGUUCAGAUCUGAAAAUGCGUGGUUAAUAAACUGAGAGAUUUCUUCUGUCU